UGUUGAUAGCUGAUAAUGCACACUUAUGACAGUUCCAAGCUGUUGCGAGAGGAAUAUCGCGAUCUGGAUAUUUGGAUUCCCAUGCAGUAUAAAGCGGCUUGCAGAUCCCGGGGGCGCUUGUGGCACAUCCAGGAGACUAGGAGGGAUUCAACUUCGGAGAGUGUGAAGCCUGCCGACAGUUUGGGAGGACAAAGCUUACGACUUCCCCAGUCGUAUUCCUUGCUGAUGAUACUACCUUCCCGAAAGGAGAGCCCACUUCAGGAAAGGAACAACACAAUGGGCCAAAUGGGAAUAAGAAACACCCAAGUUCUGUUCAUCGAUGCGCUGUGUCAAAGCAGCCAUCUGGAUUUGCUCAUGGCGUACCAUCCGGCAUAUCAGGCUCCAUUCCUCAGGACACAGAACUUCAUCCUGAAGAGUGACGGGCCUCUCCCUUAUGACCAAAGACAUUACAUUGCUAUCAUGGCGGCUGCCCGGCACAACUGCAGCUAUCUGGUGAACCAACAGAAAGAGGCAUUCCUAUCUCCGGACGUGUCGGGUGACAAGGCCUGGUUACAAGGCCUGCAUUGCAUUCCCAAAAAGCUUCGAGACUUGGACGAGAUCAACAAGAUCCUGGCGCACAGGCCUUGGCUCAUCACUAGGGAACACAUAGAGAGGUUAACUAAAGGGAAGAAUAACUGGUCAUUAUCGGAAGUCGUACAAGCAAUAGUGAUUCUGGCUCACUUCCACGCACUCUCGAGCUUCGUCUUCGGCUGCGGGAUCAACUCCGAGGUGGAAGAGAGCAACGGUCAGAAAGCGAGCAACAAUGGAUACAGUGCCAACGGAGAAGGCGAGGUCUCCAGUCUCAAGAGGAGUGCCCAAUCCAGCGUUGAAACGUUAAUGAGGAAGAUGAAGAACAUGUCCCAACACAGAGUGGACGACGACGCGUCCAUGGAAGAGCGCGUGCGAUGCUUCGAGACGGAGUGCAACGGGGCGAGCUACACGUCGUCGUCCCAGUGCAACCCAGUGACGGACUUGUCCCAGUUUGUGACCGACCCGACGUUUGGGUACCAGGACUUUGCGCGCCGCGAGGACGUUGAGAUCCCCACGUUUAGGGUGCAGGACUACUCCUGGGAAGACCACGGGUACUCCCUCGUAAACAGGCUCUACAACGACGUGGGCGAGUUGCUCAACGAGAAGUUCAAGGUUGCCUACAAUCUUACUUACUACACUAUGGGUGGCAAGACAGAAGUAGACACUUCGAUGUUCCGCCAGGCCGUCUGGAACUACAUCCAGUGCAUCUACGGAAUCAGGCACGACGAUUACGACUAUCGAGAAGUGAAUGAACUGCUGGACAGAGAACUGAAGGAAUAUAUCAAGGCUGUCUGCUGUUAUCCCGACCGCAUGGCCAAGGGCAACUACGACUCCGUCAUGCGGGACUUCAAGUACUCCGAGAAGGUGCAUGUCACGAUAAUGAUCUUGGAAGCACGUAUGCAAGCCGAACUCCUGUAUGCCCUGCGUGCCCUCAUGAGGUACAUGACGUGAUUGCCUCCAAGUGUGGCGGACGUUUUGAAUCGCACGACAAACCCUGGGAGCUCCGAAGGAAGAACACUUUGUGGUCCUGCUGGCCGGACUUUUCCACGCAUCACUUCCGCAGCGGCAUCCCCGCUGAGAGGGACUUUUUCUGUGGAGCGAGCUCCCCUUUUUUUCAGCUGUGCGGGGGAUUUUAAUUUAUUAGGGGAAGAAAUGGCAGUUGUGAAUACUCUUUUUCGUACAUUUUUUCUGUGUUUUCCGUUCACGAGGAGUAGCCCUGUUCUUCUGUUUUCUUUUUAGUUUAUCACGUAAUAAGUUUUUAAUACUUUGUCGCGUCGACGAGGCACGUUUUUUUUUUAGUGUCCUUCGUGGUCAUUUUUCCUUUCUUGUACAUGGUUCCAUUUCAUUAAUCCUAUAAUGCGAGAAAAGUGAAGAAAAAAAAAUGCAACAAAAAAAGCUCUGGGUCUUCCCCCGACAUUUUAGGUUUGCACAGCGCAGUUUGUAUGACCUAUGUCUGCCAAAUAUGCCUCUCACUGUUUUUUGAAAAGGAAAGACGAGAUUGUGAGCGACGAGAGGAAAACUUGGUCAGUGUUUAGCGUCCUUCUGCUCAAAAAGCACCCUUUUGUGCCCACGCAAAAUUUGUGUGGGAUCGUCGAAGGAAAUUUGCGUAGCUACUGAAACUGACCCCGUUCGCAAAACGUGCACAGAAUGAAAAAAAAAAAGCGACUUGAGAUUUACCAGGAAAUUGACAACAAAACUUGUUUCGCAUACUGCAUUGGAGUGUCUGUCCCACAUUUUUUGGAAACUUGAGUACUGAGUGUUAUUUAGCGAAACUUGCUGUAAAUUAGCUGAUAGUAUAAAUGUACUUUGUGCCUGACCAAAAAGUGAUGCAACAUUGCGUGUUAGCAGUUCCCAACUCUCUAGCCAGCUACCAAGUCCCACGGGUUGAGCUGGUAUGUUUAGGUGUACACUAUAUAAUGAAAUGUAGUACGGUUAUAUAGGUUUUUGAAAAAAAAAAGAACAUUGUGCAAAUCCCUGAGCUUGCCACAUCACUAUGCAAUAGUGCUGCUGGUCGUCAGCCCUUGUGUCAUCGGGGGAAAAACGGAAUAAAUUGUUACGGCUCAGAUCGAAAUAAAUUCUGGCAGCCCGUUUCAACUCCCA